AAUGGCUCGGUUUGGAGACGAGUGCGCUCCCACCACGGUGGACUCCGGGGACGGGGACGUGGAGCGCGGUGGAGACGGACAAGACGCGGCUUCGGCCGGGCACAUGGCUUUGAAGCAAGCCAAGGCCCAGCGGGCCCGGACCAUGGCUCUGUACAACCCGGUCCCACACCGGCAGAACUGCCUCACCGUCAACMGGUCGCUCUUCAUCUUUGCGGAGGACAACGUCAUUAGGAAAUAUGCCAGGCGAAUCAUUGAGUGGCCACCAUUUGAGUACAUGAUCCUGGCCACCAUCACUGCUAACUGCGUUGUCCUGGCCCUGGAGCAGCACCUCCCCAGUGAGGAUAAGACCCCCAUGGCAAAGAGGCUGGAGAAGACAGAGCCGUAUUUUAUUGGGAUUUUCUGCUUCGAGGCGGGGAUCAAGCUCGUGGCCCUUGGGUUUGUUUUCCAUAAAGGGGCCUAUUUGAGGAACGGCUGGAAUGUCAUGGACUUCAUAGUCGUCCUCAGUGGGAUCCUGGCCACUGCUGGUUCCCACAUGAACAUCCCAGUCGACCUCCGGACCCUGAGGGCAGUGCGAGUUCUGAGACCUCUCAAGCUCGUCUCUGGGAUCCCCAGCCUGCAGAUUGUGCUGAAGUCCAUCAUGAAGGCUAUGAUCCCGCUGCUCCAGAUUGGCCUCCUCUUGUUCUUCGCCAUCCUCAUGUUCGCCAUCAUCGGUCUGGAGUUCUACAGCGGGAAGCUUCACCACACCUGCCAGCCAUCGGACGACAUCCUCGAUAAUGAGACUGUUGACUCAUCGGAGCUGGCAUUUGCGUGCGGAGUGAGGAAGUGUCCGGAAAAGUACGACUGCAACGACACCUGGAUCGGGCCCAAUGACGGCAUCACGCAGUUCGACAACAUCCUGUUCGCUGUUCUCACCGUCUUCCAGUGCAUCACCAUGGAGGGAUGGACAGCUGUGCUCUAUAAUACCAACGACGCACUGGGUGUUACGUGGAACUGGAUGUACUUCAUCCCUCUCAUCAUUAUUGGCUCAUUCUUUGUCUUGAACCUGGUUUUGGGAGUCCUGUCUGGAGAAUUUGCCAAAGAAAGGGAGAGGGUGGAGAACAGGAGAGCCUUCAUGAAGUUACGUCGACAGCAGCAGGUGGAGAGAGAACUGAAUGGAUACAGAGCCUGGAUAGACAGGGCAGAGGAAGUGAUGCUGGCAGAGGAGAAUAAAAGUUCAGGGAGAUCACCAUUAGAUGUGCUGAAGAGAGCGAGCAAGAAGACGGGUGCACGGAGAGGAGCACCAGGGAGCGACAAAUUUACAGACAUGUCCACUGCAAGCAUGUCUAGAUCGAGGAUGAACUUCCGUAGCGGCCGCCGUGGMCCCGCUGCCUACCUGCGACGUAAAGAGCGCAUGUUACGCAUCUCCAUCCGCCGCAUGGUAAAGACCGACACCUUCUACUUGAUGGUGCUCAGUCUGGUGGCUCUCAACACCAUCUGCGUGGCCAUCGUGCACCACGACCAGCCCGACUGGCUCACGGUCUUCCUCUACUAUGCAGAGUUUGUUUUCCUGGGGCUGUUUCUGGCUGAGAUGUUUUUGAAAAUGUACGGUCUGGGUUUCCGACUCUACUUCCACUCAUCUUUCAACUGCUUUGACUGUGGGGUUAUUGUUGGCAGCAUCUUUGAAGUUGUUUGGGGUUUCUUCAGGCCUGGGAUGUCGUUCGGUAUCAGCGUGCUGCGGGCGCUGAGACUUCUGAGGAUUUUCAAAAUCACCAAGUACUGGGCCUCUCUCAGGAACUUGGUUGUUUCCCUAAUGAGCUCCAUGAAGUCCAUCAUCAGCCUACUUUUCCUCCUCUUCCUCUUCACGGUGGUGUUUGCUCUGCUCGGGAUGCAGCUGUUUGGAGGGAGGUUCAUCUUUGAAGAUUAUACUCCCACCAACUUUGACACGUUUCCAGCUGCCAUCAUGACAGUGUUUCAGAUUUUGACUGGUGAGGACUGGAAUGAGGUAAUGUACGAUGGGAUUCGCUCGCAGGGUGGCGUUCAGUACGGCAUGUGGUCGUCCAUCUACUUUAUCGUGCUCACUCUGUUCGGUAACUACACUCUGCUCAACGUCUUCUUGGCCAUCGCUGUGGAUAAUCUGGCCAAUGCGCAGGAACUGACAAAGGAUGAAGAGGAGGAAGAAGAGUUCUUCAAUCAGAGAUAUGCGAGAGGAAGAGACGGCCUGAUAUCAGAUGGCAGAAGAAGACCUUACCUGUACAGGAAACGAGCCAUUCAUAGAGGGAGACCCACCUUUCCAGAUGAACCUGAUGGUCCAACGGGGGCUGCAGAAGAGCAGCCUCCUCAUGGCUCGAAACCUUUUGCGAACCGCCGCGAGAGGAGGAGGAAAGUUAACAUGUCGGUGUGGGAGCAGAGGGCCAACCAGCUACGAAAACGCAGACAGAUGGCGAGCAGAGAGGAGCUGUUCAGCAGCCCGACAGAGGAAACUGCCGAGACGCCGACCAUCCCCCACCAUGCCCCUGGGCUUACCCCAGAGGCCAGUCCGGCUCACCUGCCUGAGUCACCCAUGUCGGUUGGGAUGCCCCUACCUGAGCCCCCCAUGUCCAUCUCCAUUCCCAUGCCCGAGCCCCCGGCAGCCGAUCCUGUUGUCAACAAGAGUGAGGAGAAGCCAGCGGGCGCGAACCACCGGACGGCAGGUGGGGGCAGACACAGGAUGGCUCGGAAGUUCAGGCCCAGCCAGGGGCCGGAGGAAGGGGCCCGGCACAGGCGCCACCGUCACCGCGAGGCCCGCAUCGAAGCCAAGAGUCUGGACUGCACACAGUCGCCGCAYGAGGUCCUGCACGUCAGACGCUCACUCAGCCAAGAGAGGAAGAUCAUUGAUGAGAGGGAGGAGAAGGAGGACAAGGAGGAGAGCGAGAAAACGGAAGGAGAACAGAGCGUUGCACAAACGGAGGAGGACGAUGGCGGAACGUGCAUCGCCAACCCGUAUGCAGACGUUGGAGGGGACUGUGGAAGAGAUGCUGCUCCCAGCGGCGACAGUCCUGAUCCUCCCCAGUGCGAGCAGCUGCUGGACUCUACCUGGUCGGAGCAAGUGAAGGGCAGCAUCGCAGACCAGUAUGAACCCUUGAGUCAAAAUGUCCCAGUGGAGCCCGGCGUGGAGGCCACCGAGUUCACCGUGAGUACCAUCGAGUCGGAGAAGCGCAAGAUCUCGGUCAAACGUGAUAACAAGCCCAAGGUGGAAGGCAGCGUGGCCAUCGAAAUGUCAGCACGACCACUUCUGGAGCUCACCCCGGUGACAGUGAACAGUAAAGAGUUGGAGGCGUACCAGUCUGAGCAGAAAGAGGAUGAAGAGGAGACAGAGGAAGAGGAGGAGGAGGAGGAGCCUCCUGUACCUCCUAAACCCGAAGCUCCUGACAGCAUGUUCAUCUUCAAAGCCUCCAACCCUAUCAGGAGGAUUUGUCACUAUGUGGUCACUCUACGCUAUUUUGAGAUGACCAUCCUUCUUGUGAUUGUGGCGAGCAGCAUUGCAUUGGCGGCUGAGGACCCUGUGUGCACAAACUCUGACAGGAACAAG